GUUGUGCAGCGAUACGGUCCCUGUCCUGUCACUUCGUUGUGUAGACACAUUUUCUGAACGGCGAAAGAGACCAGUGACGGCCGGGACUGAUCGAGAUGAAGAACCUCAGCGGGUUUCUCCGGUUCUGCCCCACUCGGAUGGAGUGGUUCUACCCGUAAAGGAUCUGAAGAGAAUUAGCCAGAACCCAGCAGAGAACAUGCUACAGUUUGGCUAAAGAACCUUAGCGAGCAGAAGGGGAACUGGAAAACCUCUGUACCAGAGCAGUUGGAGAAAGGGAACUUUAACUGGAACAAAUAGGGAUCAUCACAAGGUCAGGAAGGGUGUGUCUAGGACCCAUUUGGCCCACUUGGACAGAGAUCUGUUUUGGCAGAAGGGGGGAGCUGCCUGUAGCCAUUUCCUGUGAUCCCCAGUGCUAUUUCCCGCAUCUCGACUACCACUCUGUCUGUUGAGUUGGAGCAGCGACUCUCUGGUGCCCCACUAGCUGAGUCUGGCUCGGUUAUGAGUGUGGUCGGGGCACACAGCUACUGCAUUGUGUCCUCGGAGGAAGAAGGCCUGCGUCUCGGUGCCAUGCCGGCUGUCACAAUGGGCAACGGCUUCGGCAACGGCAAGAUCCACACGAUGCGCCGCAAGUGCCGCAGUCGCUUCGUGAACAAGAACGGCCAGUGCAAUGUGCGCUUCUCGCACAUGGACGAGAAGUCGCAGCGCUACAUGUCAGACAUCUUCACCACGUGUGUGGACAUCCGCUGGCGCUGGAUGUUCCUGAUGUUCACACUGGUGUUCGUGGUGUCCUGGCUGGCAUUCGGCCUGGCCUUCUGGGUCAUCGCAUUGCUUCACGGGGAUAUGGACAACCCGGGUGGUGGAGACGAUAACUUCAGCCCCUGCGUCCUGCAGGUCAACAGCUUCGUGGCCGCUUUCCUGUUCUCUGUGGAGACCCAGACCACCAUUGGUUAUGGCUUCCGCUGCGUGACGGAGGAGUGCCCCUCGGCUGUCUUCAUGGUGGUCUUCCAGUCCAUCUUUGGUUGCAUCAUCGACUCCUUCAUGAUCGGCGCCAUCUUAGCCAAGAUGGCGCGGCCUAAGAAGCGUGCAGAGACGCUGCUGUUCAGCAACAAUGCAGUGAUCGCCAUGCGUGACGGGAAGCUGUGCCUUAUGUGGAGGGUGGGAAACUUGAGGAAGAGCCACAUGGUGGAGGCCCACGUCCGGGCCCAGCUCAUCAAGCCUCGCAUCACCGAGGAGGGUGAGUACAUCCCCCUGGACCAGAUCGACAUCAACGUAGGGUAUGACACGGGCAUCGACCGCAUCUUCCUGGUCUCCCCGCUCACCAUUGUGCACGAGAUUGAUGAGGAAAGCCCCCUGUUUGGCAUCAGCAAGCAGGACCUAGAGUUGUCCGACUUUGAGAUAGUGGUGAUACUUGAAGGGAUGGUGGAAGCCACAGCCAUGACAGCGCAAGCUCGCAGCUCCUACCUGUCCUCAGAGAUCCUGUGGGGUCACCGCUUUGAGCCUGUCGUCUUCGAGGAGAAGAGCCAAUACAAAGUGGAUUACGCUCACUUCCACAAAACCUUUGAGGUGCCGUCCACCCCCCAGUGCAGUGCCAAGGACAUGGCGGAGAUGGAGGACGAGGACAAGGAUCCUACGCCCACCGCCAACUCUUUCUGCUAUGAGAAUGAGCUGGCUUUUAUCAGCCGAGACGAGGAAGAGGAUGAGGAGGGGAAGGAGGAUAUGGACAGGGUGCCAGAGCUAGAGAGACUGGAGGCCACAGUCGGCCUAGACAAGAGGUCAUAUCAUAGAGAAUCAGAGAUAUGACCUUAGACCUUUGACAAUAUUUUUCUUGUAACUCAGUUCUAGCGGGUUGUUUUCCAUGUGAAUACAUGCAGAGUAAUGCAAGUGCCAUAUAAAAACCAUGACUUGUUAGCAUCACGCUACAGCCAUAAGGAAAGAGGAAAUCCCUCUAGUCAGACUAGAAACAGCCAGGAGUGGAGACAGCAGUUCUGCUUCCUCAUAGCAUGGAAUAACAGGAACGGUCAUAAAAAGACCCCUCUCUCUUUAGGAAAACUUGAAAUAUUUUGGUCAUGAGAUAGUUUGAGGUAGGAGCUUUAUAUAAUGCAAUAUUCAUUGUCUAUUAGGAAAUAAUAUCUUAGCUAUAAAAAAAAUUAUAUAGAUUUCUUAGUAAAGUGUGUGAAGUAUUUCCAACAGAUCAAGAGGGUAUUUUAGGGGAUUCUUAUAACUGCCCUGUAUUGUAGUUUACAGAGUCUGUCAAAGAGGGAGAGUGUGUUGGAAAUAGAAACACUGGAUACCUACUGAUAUUUAGCUAAACAUUUUCUAUAUGCACACCUGUAGUUUUAAAGGUGCUUUCCAUAAAUGUUGCCUGCAGCAAAUUAGCUAUUUGAAAUAUAUAUGAAACAUAACCUUCAAAUUGGAAGAAUACAGUGAUUAAAUGCAUAAAUGUGCAUUGUGUAUUUUGCAUUUCUAUGCAAUUUGAAUCACUUAGAAAGUAAACAAUUGAUAUUAUGAAAGUAGCUUCUGUUACAUUUCUAAGUGACCCCAAACUUUUGAAUGGUAGUGUAGAUAGAAAACAAUUAGUGGGCACAAUUCACUAUCAAGUGAACAAAACACAAUGUUUGCUGUCUAAAUCACUCUCUAGCAAUUUAUUUGUUUUGAACAGGGAAUCUGAUUGAUUUAGACAGCUCCAGUUAUUGCACCCAGCUGAACGGCAGACCAGGCAGCAACAUUGACAGUUACAGGUUAGCUCGCACCAAAAUCUAGCACAAAUAGAACAAAGCACUGCAUUAAGGGGCUACACUCGGCUACACUUGAAAGUCAAACAAAUUAACCCAUUAGCCACUGCCCAAAAUCUAAAGAUUGGCUAACAAAAGAGCAGUAGCCUUAGCUGUAUAUUAGUCUACAUUUCCGCUGAUAAUACUACAAUGGGAGUUGGCUGGAUGACUGAGUUUAAAGACCGGAUAAUAUAGAACUGUAGUAUUGACCCACUGAAAGACAGUCUUACCAAAAACCUUCAAACAUUGGAAAUAAGUGAAAAGUGGGAAGAAAAGAGGAAGGAGAAAAAAAGAAGAGAAGAGAUCAAAGUUGGCCGGUAAAGUAAAUCAAUCAUCACGUAGAUAAAGUACGGUACAGUACUAAAAAUGGGUAUAUAAUUUGCACUGUUAAAACUCCUUCCAGUCAUCACAUUGGCUGAGGAGACAUCAAUCAAGACAUGGGUCAUGUUAAUUAGGCACCAAAAGAGAAUAAAAACAGACAAACAGGAACAGCAAAUGUUCGUUUACCAUUGCAUAUGUUUUGAAACGUUGAGUGCCCUAAUGAACACGGCCAUGAGUUUGCUUAAAGAAGAGAUACCAUUGGACAUCCCUAAACAGACCCAAAGGAGGAAAUAGUGAGAAAUAGAAUAAUGGAGAGAGACAAAGGAAGAUUACAUUAGCGACCUGUUCUCCCACAAGGGCUCUUUGCAGACAGACAGCACUUGGAGAAAUGUCUAAUUACAGUACGGAGGGGAUUAUGUAACAUCAUUUAAAUGAAUGAAAUGUGUUGUAGAAAUAGAUUACUGACUGCAAAACUUGUCACCACAAAGUAAAAAAACUCUGGGUGGGAAAUAGAGUGGAUGGAUCAUGGUUACGUCCCAAAUGGUACCUAUUCCCUACAUCAGGGCUGUCCAACCCUCUUCCUGGAGAUCUAAA